UUUUUUGGUUUUCAAAAAAGAAUUUUUCAAAAAGAAAACAAUUUUGUAUUAAUAAGAAAAAUUUUUAAUUGCCUGCACAUUACAUCGAUUCUGUAUUCGAUUUAGUAUAACUAAGUUCCGUUUCUAGCGGCUUAUGCGUCGAAUGUUGGCGUCCACGUGAACGCAACAGCUGAUGGCAAUCAACACAUGUUGUGACGACUCGUAAACAACGAGGUGUUUUCUUUUCAAUUAUAUUUUAAAAUUUAAGACAUAAAAUGGCACGUCCUAAAAAGAAGAAGGUUGAAGUUGUAUUUGAUCCACAAAAGCGCAAGGAAUUUUUAACUGGAUUCCGGAAGCGAAAAAAUGAGCGACGCUCUCGCGCCAAAGCCGAAUUAGAUCGUAAUCUGAAAGAAGAACACAAACGCAUACGACAAGAAGUAAAAGAUGGUUUCAAACAUUUGAAGAAAUCAUUCGAACCACUGCGGGAGCUAACGGCCGAAGACAAGGCUGAGGGCACAGAAAAGGCGGCCUACGAGGACGAUGAAGUGCAAGUGAAAAUCGUGGAGUUGAGCACCAAUGAUUUGGCUGCACAACGCAACAUGCUUGGUGCCAAUAUCGCAGACGACAGUGAGGAAGAGGAGGCACAAGCAGACAGCGACGAUGACGACAAACUGCAGACGAAUCGGAUACCCGGCAUGGAUUUCGAUGUGAAUGCAACUCGCAAGCGUAAAGCAGCAGACAAGGACGAGGAAGAACCCAGUGAAAAGGCUGCUAAAGGAUCAGCUCAUGAUGCAGACAUCAAAAGCAAAAAAGAGCUAGACAAGCUGAUGAAAACAAAGACGCUGAAGAAAAUCAAAAAGAGCAAACUGUUCAAGAUGAAGGAGCGCAUGGACAACAAAAACAACCAGAAGAAGGCGAAACGCGAUCGCAAUAACACCAUCAAGAGUGUGCCCAAGCAUCAGCGCAAGAAGCUAAAGCAUGGUCUGAAGACACCAGGCGGACAGACGCGCUAUCGCAAGGGUCGCAUGAUGAACAAGAAGGAGCUGCGACGCAAGCGAGGCGGAGGCGGCGAAUAGGGGCGCUCUCAUUUAGCAUAAAUUAUGUAUUAAUUGUAUUCUAUAAUGUUUUUUUCUGUGUUGUACGGUUUAUUCACUAUUACACACUAAUUGAUCGAAAUAAACUGUAUAAUAUAAUUUUGCUAA